AUGAUGAUGAUGUCUCUGAACAGCAAGCAGCCUUUCGCCAUGGCCCACACCAGCUUGCCCGAGCCCAAGUACUCGUCGCUGCACUCUUCCUCAGCCUCCACCCUGACUUCCAACGCGCCCUCGUCGUCGUGCUCGUCCUCCCGGCACAGCAGCAGCAUCAUCAGCAGCAGUGGAGCCAGCAGCUCCGAGGCGAUGCGCAGAGCCUGUCUCCCAACCCCACCGAGCAAUAUAUUCGGAGGCUUGGAUGAGAGUUUGCUGGCCCGGGCAGAAGCUCUAGCGGCGGUGGAUAUAGUCUCGCAGACUAAGAGCCACCACCACCCUCCACACCACAGUCCCUUCAAGCCGGACGCCACCUACCACACCAUGAACACGCUCCCCUGCACGUCGUCUUCCUCCUCCUCCUCCUCGGUGCCUAUUUCUCAUCCGUCCGCCCUGGCCGGCCACCACCAUCACCACCACCACCACCACCACCACCAGCCCCACCAGGCUCUGGAGGGGGACCUGCUGGACCACAUCACCCCGGGACUGGCCCUGGGAGCCAUGGCGGGGCCGGAUGGCUCGGUGGUGUCCACGCCUGCGCACCCUGCCCACAUGGCGGGCAUGAACCACAUGCACCAGGCGGCCAUCAACAUGGCCCAUGCCCACGGGCUACCGCCGCACAUGGGCAUGAACGACGUGGACGCCGAUCCCAGGGAUUUAGAAGCCUUCGCGGAGAGGUUUAAGCAGAGACGGAUCAAACUCGGGGUUACCCAGGCGGACGUGGGGUCAGCUCUGGCCAGCCUAAAGAUUCCUGGGGUGGGUUCCCUCAGCCAGAGCACCAUCUGCCGAUUCGAGUCCCUCACGCUCUCUCACAACAACAUGAUCGCUCUGAAGCCCAUCCUGCAAGCGUGGCUAGAAGAAGCCGAGAAAUCGCACAGGGAGAAACUUAACAAGCCCGAGUUGUUCAACGGCGCGGAGAAGAAGAGGAAGCGCACGUCGAUAGCCGCGCCAGAGAAGAGAUCGCUGGAGGCCUAUUUUGCCAUUCAGCCGCGUCCCUCCUCGGAGAAAAUCGCAGCGAUCGCAGAGAAACUGGACCUGAAAAAGAACGUGGUGCGGGUCUGGUUUUGCAACCAGCGGCAGAAACAGAAACGGAUGAAGUACUCUGCAUGCGUCUGA